AUUAAUUUGCUAUUUUACGGUUAUCUCUCUCGCUUUGGGUUAGGGUUUGUUCCCAAAAAUUCAUCAAAGAUGAUGUAUUGAAGAGUUCAGAUGGAGAGACCUUUGAGGUUGAAGAGGCAGUGGCUUUAGAGUCACAGACUAUUAAGCAUAUGAUUGAAGAUGACUGUGCUAACACCAGCAUCCCUUUGCCUAAUGUGACUAGUAAGAUUUUGGCUAAGGUUAUCGAGUACUGUAAGCGCCACGUGGAGGCUCCUAAGGGUGAAGAUAAUAAGGUUUCUGAUGAGGAUCUCAAGUCUUUUGAUGCGGAUUUUGUUAAAGUUGACCAGAGUACCCUUUUCGAUCUUAUACUGGCUGCCAACUAUUUGAACAUAAAGAGCCUGCUUGAUCUGACAUGUCAGACAGUUGCAGACAUGAUCAAAGGGAAGACACCUGAGGAGAUCCGUAAGACAUUCAACAUUAAGAAUGACUUCACUCCUGAAGAAGAGGAGGAAGUUAGGAGAGAGAAUGCCUGGGCUUUUGAGUGAAUUUGAGUCUGUUAAGUGUCCAUAUUCUGAUGAUAGAUUUGCGAUAUACUUUAGUAGAUGCUUUGAACAACUUUUAUGUUAGUAAAUAUGUGACUGCUGUUUCUCAAACUCCCGACUUUGUCAGUUGGAGGAGAGACAGUUGAACCUCUUUUGCUCUGUUAUGCGAUGGUUUCUUCUGUUCUAAGUAGAAAUCGAAGAUAAAAUCAUGUUGGUAACUGAUUUCCAUAUUCAUUGAUCUAUUAUUGGAAAUUCAUAUUGUUUCUUGUGUU